AUUGUUCACGAGAAGGGGCGUUCAUGGCUCUCGAUGACAGACUGCGGCUGCACGGCUGGCACUGGCAGGGCGUGGAUUGGGGGGCGGGAGGGGUUGUCGCUUCGAUGGAUCCAUCCGACCAACUGCUAAAAUAGCACCCCGAACAUCAGCGGUCCAGACAAUAUAUUUACAUGUAUAUUUUGCGACUGUUUUGACCAUCGCACACUCGGACGCACCAUCGCCGCUCCAAACAUGCGUAAACUAGGCGCUUCGUAGUUCUUUCCACCUGUGCUCUGCGUGGAUUUAGUAGCUUCACUAAUGUGAUUUUUAAGAUGGCAGGAUGCUUAUCUGAGCCGCUUUGUCAGCCGAACACCUUCCACGAGGCGUUUAAAGUGGAGCUACAGGUGAAGAGACCAAUGAUGCCGCUACACCUGAGCCCAGAACAGGUGGCUGUGGAGAUGCUGUGUCUCUGUGGGCAGCUGGACCUCCUCAUCAGGGUGCAGAUGCAGGAGUUCCAGGAACAAUUAAGACAAGGCUGUAGCCCAGAGGAGUCAGACACCUUCCAGGCUCAAGGAUCGGAGAUUCUCGACCAGAUGCUGCAGUGCCUUGAACAUCUACCAAAGCCGAUGCCACAACUGGAGGACUACCUGGAUACAAUGGGUUUGUCUGAAAUGUUUCCUCGUGUGGAGGUUUUCCUCAUCCAAGGCUGUCCAGUGGACAUGCUGGAGAGGCCACCAAUGGAUGACUAUUUCUCCCACAUCGCCAAACUGAAUCAGCUGCUUGUGCUGAGUCAGCAGCUCGAGGAGGACAUCAGGCACCUGGGAAGUCACAAAUACAUCGCCCACCAGCUCUCCGUUAUAUACCAAGUAGUCAGCUCUUUCCAAAGCGUUGACAUCUUCUCUGAGACAAAGAAAGACAUUGAAGCCAACUUCAAGAAGAUGAAAGAGUCUCUGGUGGUGGAGGAAGGCUCCAGGCACGAACCUCAGCUGGCUGCUCAUUAUAUCCACUGGUGAGUUCAAGUGUAUCAUGUAACACGGAGGAGGGGAAUGUUUCAGGAAAGUACUAUAUAUUGCAUAUGACAAUAUAGGAUGCAACGAUGUAAAUGCUGUAUAGUUGUCAUAUUGUAUACUUCAUGAUUCUGUUUUACUGUUCUUAUAAUCAGAGUCAUAGCCUGUGCAUACCUGUAAAAACAUUUAUGUCAACAUCAACCUGUAUUUAUGUAUCACCUCAUGCUUCACACACAUCGUAAAACUAUACAAUGAAUAGUAAAGUGAACUUGUGGAUUUAACCAUUCAUCCAGCCCUUAUCUGAAGCGCUUACUUCUUAUACUUAAUAAAAAUUUAAAAUAUUUUUGCAUGGAGGACUUUUUUUUCUUUUUGGGAUGGGGGGAACAACAUUUAUUUAUUUUUUUGUGGCAAACGCAUAUUAGCUGUAUAACCUUGCUGAUUCAAGAUUUUGUUUGGGAAAAAAUCCUCACUUAUUUUUAUUGCAAUUAUAACGGGUAUCAAUUAUAUAUUUUCGUUACUCGGGGACGCCCCGGUACAUAUUUACAUUUUUUGGGAGGGGACUUAUCCGACUUUGUACUGUGCUGCUCAAGUCUGGUCCCCGAGGGCCCCUAUCCAGCCUAUUUUAGAUGUUUCCAUGCUCUAACACACCUGAUUCAGGACCUAUAUCAGGCUUCUUCAGAACUUGCUGAUGAGUUGAUCAUUUGAAUGAGGAGUGUUAGAUGAGGGACACAUCCAAAACAGGCUGGAUUUGGCUCUUGAGGACUGGAUUUGGGCUUCACUGUCCUAAUACCGCCCUGCAAUUGGCUGGCAACCGAUUCAGGGUGUCCCCUGCCUACUGCCCGGAGACAGCUGGGAUAGGCUCCAGCACCCCCCGCGACCCUAGUGAGGAUCAAGCGGCUCGGAAGAUGAAUGAAUGAAUGAAUGAAUGUCCUAAUACCACAUCACAAUUAUAGAAACCACUACUAUACAAAAACGUGCAUGUUAAAAGUACACAACUGUGCUACGUACAUCAUCUGGAUCCAUUUAGAAUGAAGAUUGAUCUAAUAACGCAACAAAAAUAUUAACAAACGUAAGUACAUGCAUCAUAAUCACCAGAGAUGCUUAUUAAACGUAUUUGUGUCUGCUUAAGAUGUUUUGCUAGUCGCAGCUGGCCCUGUAAGGACACAUUUUACACCAGAUUAGUUUAAGAAACGGUCAAAUUGCUAAUUCACAAGUUCUUAACUGUUGUCACCCUGGGAUCCACAUUUUCUUAUUGUCGCUAACCGCGGGUACACACAAGGACAAUCGGGCUGUUUUUGUCCUGAUUUUGACUGCUUACCGUGGAUGUUUAUGCAAUUUUAAUUUGAUGCAAUCGGCAUUGUGCCUUUUACUUGUGGUUUUAAUAAUGAUGAAUCUAAUCCCUGUAAUAAAAUCUGAUCACCUGUACUCCUU